UUUUCUUGGCGAUGUGACACCAGUUGCUACUAUUAUUAUUAUUACUACUACUGAUAAAUGUAAAAGACUAAUUACAAGCACAGUCAUCAUCAUCAUCAUCUUUAUAACACCCACUGUUAUUGACCCGUUUGUUUUUUUUUUUGUUUCUACUUUGUUGGACUAGCGAAACUGAAUUUAAUCGUCAACAAUGGCAGAUGAUAAUGAUGACUGGCUUUCUGCAGCAACAGAAGAGGAACCUCCAGCAGAGCAAGCUACUGAUACAGCAGCGGCAGGUGCUCCAGCGGGCGAAGGAGCUCCAGCGGCCGAAGGAGAGGGAGGAGCACCUGCUGGAGAGGGUGAGGCUCAACCGAAACCGGAAGAAGAUGAAUAUUUAGAUCCCGAUAAACUUUUACUUUUUAAACACUGGAUAAGGCCGAAAUUUUUGUCGUAUCGCUACAUUCAAAAGUACAGGGAAAACUAUUACGACGAUGUGAUAGAUUAUUUGGAAAAGAGACAGAAAGGUCUGAGUCGAGACGUUCCCAGACCUCAGACGUGGGCCGAAAGGGCUCUACGGACCUAUACGAAUAGAACGGCGAAGGACGAGUUCUACAGAAGGGCAAGAGACGAUAUAAAACUGGUCACAACGACCAGUAUCAGCGGUGCCUUCCACAGAUACCAUAGCAAACAGUAUAUUAACAGAAGGUACUCCAGUUAUUUGUCUUAGACAUACCGAUUGGUAGUUCGAAGAUAGAAUUUUUUACGUCUGAUGUUUUAUUUGACUUUUGUUUUUGUUUCUGCUGUUCAUGUCAUUAGGCCGUUGUUAAACAAUUUGAAUAAAAUUUGUACUUGUUAA